UUCCGAGUCUCUCUUACCGUAAAUGAAAGUAGUUUUGAAAUCACUUUGUAAAUAUGAGAAUAAUUAAUUAGUUUAGCAUAUGCUAUUAAUACUAAUAAUUAAGUAACAAUACUGUAUUAUCUAUAAACCAAAAAUUACAAAACAUGUACACAUUAAUCAUGCAUUAUACCGUCAUUUCCGGCGACAUCCAGACUACCAUACCCAGUAGCCCCGGCAGGGUACCAACGGUUGGCAGCGGUUGACAAGUUUAAGUGCUUGGGAUUAAUGGCAAAGCAGAUAUUAAAGCAGCAAAAAAGAGUGAUUAAGUACAAAAGGGUUUGUUAAACCAGGCAAUGGCAGCUGAAGAGUGGCCAAACAGGCGCUUAGCUUUCUUCACAGUUCAGACAAAUGCUUAUGGUCCUGCCUGAAGUUGUCUGGUAGCGGUAGUGAUUGCAGCCACUGCCUACAUAUUCCGCAGAAGUCCAAAACCAUUUGUUGACUAUACUAGUCAAGUAAGGCUGCUCUUGCAGACGUGGUUAGGCCAAGAAUUUGUGCUCCGUAGAUUAUAGUGGUUUAAAAUACCGUAGGAAAACGGAGUAAGACUGCUCUCUAUAUUUCCAUUCUCUUAGUAAAAUUUACAACUUUGAGUUCUGUCUUCAUAUCUCUGUGUGUGAGCUUGGAAGAAACAAUGGCAGUUGGGUUAGCGAUAGCAGGCGAAGCCGGGCAAUACAAUGGCAGGAUGACGCCGUUCGUCAUCCUCUCUUGCAUGAUGGCAGCCAUAGGAGGUGUAAUUUUCGGCUACGACAUUGGAAUUUCAGGCGGCGUGACUUCAAUGGAGCAGUUUCUUAAAAAAUUCUUUCCUGAAGUAAACACUAAGAUGAAAUCGGACACCAAAAUCAGCAACUACUGUAAAUUCGACAGUGAACUGUUGACCUCCUUCACAUCCUCACUCUACAUAGCUGGUCUUGUAGCUUCCCUUUUUGCCAGUUUGGUCACAAGGGCUUACGGCCGCAAGCCUUCAAUCCUUGCCGGUGGAGCUGCAUUCCUUGCCGGCUCAGCUCUAAACGGCGCAGCUAUGAACAUCUACAUGCUCAUCCUCGGCCGCUUAUUGCUUGGAGUUGGUAUUGGUUUUGGAAAUCAGGCUGUUCCAUUGUACCUUUCGGAAAUGGCACCACCAAAAUACAGAGGAGCAAUUAACAAUGGCUUCCAAUUUAGCGUCGGCAUUGGCGUAUUAUCAGCUAACCUCAUCAACUACGGCUCUGAGAAGAUCAAAGGUGGUUGGGGGUGGCGAAUCUCCCUAGCCAUGGCUGCAGUCCCUGCUUCAAUGCUAACACUGGGCGCAUUUUUCCUUCCCGAAACACCUAACAGCCUAAUCCAGCGUAGCACGGAUCACCAAACAGCCAAGCAAAUGCUACAACGUAUCAGAGGUGUCGAUGAUGUCCAAGCAGAACUCGAUGAUCUGAUCAAGGCAAACAGCAUAUCGAAAAACAUCAAACACCCUUUCAAGAAAAUCCUGGAGAGAAAGUAUAGGCCUCAGCUUGUGAUGGCAAUAGCCAUACCAUUUUUUCAGCAGUUGACAGGGAUCAACGUCAUAUCCUUUUACUCCGCCAUACUUUUUCGAACAAUUGGGUUGGGAGAAAGCGCUUCGCUCUUGUCCGUUGCCAUGACGACUGGAGUGGUUGGUACAAGCUCAACAUUCGUAUCUAUGCUUAUCGUAGACAAAUUUGGGCGAAGAGCGUUGUUUUUAGCUGGUGGGAUUCAAAUGUUGGUGUCACAAAUUAUGGUGGGAGGUGUAAUGGCAGCUCAGCUUGGUGAUCGCGGCGGAGUGAGCAAAGGCUAUGCCUAUUUGGUGCUGGUUUUGAUAUGCAUUUAUGUAGCGGGAUUCGGGUGGUCAUGGGGGCCGCUCGGAUGGUUGGUUCCGAGUGAGAUUUUCCCGUUGGAAAUUCGAUCAGCGGGACAAAGUAUAAAUGUGGUGGUGAACUUUUUGUUCACUUUCAUUGUUGCUCAAACUUUUCUAGCAAUGCUGUGCCACUUCAAGGCUGGGAUUUUCUUCUUUUUCGGGGGUUGGGUGGCGGUGAUGACGGUGUUUGUGUACUUGUUUUUGCCGGAGACAAAGAAUGUGCCGAUCGAGAAGAUGGAGAUAGUGUGGCAGGAGCACUGGUUUUGGAGGAGGAUUGUGGGGGACUCUAGCAAGGACACCAAGAUGGAAGCUCCUUGAUGUACUUAUAACGAAGAUCAAUGAAUUGAUUAUACCACUUUAUAACUGUAGCACACGAUAAUUUUUCAUUGUUCUACUAAUUUCUAGUAAUUUUGAAAAAUAAAUUAAAUUAAAUUAACAUAAAUAAACAGUGAUUUACGAGUA